AGAACUCAGGUAUGGGCUCCCCAUCUAGCAGUUCCCUCUCUGUAGGAUAAAAGCUAGGAGUCAGUAAACAACUGAAGAUCCUUAAAAAAAAUGAGACUGCCUGAUAGUGGGAUGGAAACAGAGGAAAGCUGGAGUCUGACUAUCCAGGACAAGGCUCUCAUUCCUGGAUUUUUGAAGGAAAAGGAACGAAGUGAACUAGUUGCCAGGACAACCUGCUGUUGGGGAGCAGGGGGUGGGGAAAGAAAUGGGUGACCUGCGGUUAUUCCUGCUCCUGCCCCUGUCCCUGGCAGCCUUCCAUGGAGCCAAAGGCUGUUUGGAAUGUGACCCCAAGUUCAUAGAGGAUAUUGGCUCCUUGCUGGCAAAUCUGAUACCUUCAGAAGUCCCUGGCCAAACUCAGCUACUUGAACGACAGGUUCAGGAGAUGAUUCGUUUAACCUUCAAGGUCUCCCACAGCGAUAAGAUGCUUCGAUUGCUGGCUGUUCAAACGGUCAUUAAGUUGAGAACAUGGCUGAAGAAUGAAUUUUAUAAACUGGGCAAUGAAACAUGGAAAGGUGUCUUUAUCUUCCAAGGCAAGCUUCUUGAGGUCCGCCAAAGCCUGGAAGCCAAACUGAAAGAAUUAUUAAAGAACUUUUCCGAAGUUGCUUGUUCUGAAGAUUGCAUUGUGGUUGAAGGUCCCAUCCUUGAUUGCUGGACCUGUCUUCGCAUGACUAGCAGAUGCUUCAAAGGAGAAUAUUGUGGAGACGAGGAUCCAAGGAAGGCUGAGAGUCGAGACAUUGCUCUAUUUCUCAUAUUGCUGGCAACAGCUGUAAUACUGGGAAGUGCUGUGUUACUAUUCUAUUUUUGCAUCUUUCAUCGAAGGAAAAUGAAGGCAAUACGAAGGUCACUAAAUGAAUAUUUGGAGAACAAACUUGAAGAAUUAAUGGAGAGGAUAGAUGAGGAGGAGAAAGAUUUUAGACCCAGAAAAUAAACACAUCGACAUGAACAAGAGGUCUUUCAUGAUUCUCUUAAGUACUGACCCUAAGUACAAAACUGGGAGUUAAACCCUUUCCUGGUCACAAAGUCAUAGUAUUUUAAAACUGAAAUAGAACUGAGAGUUUCUCUAGUGAAGAUCUUUAUAGAUAUCCUGAGACAAUGGAAGUACUGAGAGAGCAAAUGAUUUAGCCAGAGUUGUGCAGAAAGUAAUGCUGGUGUGAAUGCACAUGAAAGAUAAAAUAGUGAGUAAUAAAG